AUGUCGGAGCUGACCUUUACCAAAUCAUUUCUGUCCACGCUGGACUCGCGACCUAUCAAGCUUCGCGCUGAUUAUGUCUUCGAUCCAGAGCAAAUUGGACUACGAGUGCCCUACACUCUCCCCCGCCUUUCAGCCCCGCAUCCUCCAAUGCCCAAAAAGGUGAGGUCAAUACAGGCACCAGGCUCAUCCAAAUCAAUCACUGUCCGCGUCAAGUCUGCCCGCAACCCUGCUCUGGAAUUCCUGAUCUCCAACGCCCCUCUCUCGACCACCUCGGUCCAGGACAUCCGGGAUGCUGUGCAGGUGCGCGUCACCGAUGCUCAGGGAGGCCAAGUUCCGCUAGACAAGAUCAAAAUCUUAUACAAACGCAAGCCAGUGACCGGUACCGGGAAGACAUUGGCCGAGGUAUUGGCAGAUGAACCUGCGAUUAUGGCGGGAGGCAAAGAGGUCGAGAUCGGGGUGAUGAUCAUCGGUGGCGCGCAGGUGGUUGAAUCUGCUAUGGCUCAACCAGAGAUUACAGAGAAGCGGGAUGAAUCACCGCCCAAGGCUGCUAUAGGUCCGAGUGGUGAGGAGGUGUUGCAUACAGAGGCUUUCUGGGAUGACCUGCAAGGCUAUCUCGAGCAGCGAUUGAAGGACGAGGAAGAAGCAAAACGGUUGAGAUUGGUGUUCAAGGAGGCGUGGAGCUCAACCAAAUAG